AUGACAGACCAGCGACAACAGCAACAGCACUUUACAUCUGGAAAGUCCGGAACAGUAGAUGCGGAUGAUAUGGGUUAUGGAGUCGACAAUGGCCAGCUUCAUGGCGAUGGUUCGCAACAGCGUGGUAUACCACAGUUCGUUCCAGCGUGGGGACAGUAUUACGGUGGUAGCAAUGGGUCUGCCACGGCUAGCAGCAGCACCACGCCGUUUGGUUACGCACAAAACUACUCUCAAAGAAUGAUCCCAGGCCCGUUUUCAGGCUCGGGUUCGGGAGUGGCUGCGAUCUCUCAUUCUAUGGCGUCACCUCCCCUCUACUGUCAUCAACCAAAUUCCCCAGGAUUGGCUUCCGACAACCAUCCAUUACCAACUGCAAAACGGAAAGCUGCAUCGAAUCCUCACCAAGUUUCUAAAUUGCCCAAAAAAGUGUCGUGUACGUCGUGUCGUACUCGGAAAAUCAAAUGCGAUGGCCUCAAACCCCUCUGUGGUGCUUGCAACAAAAAAGGUCUUCCCACAGAGCUUUGUAUAUACGACUCUGCACCUUGGAUUAGCACCGUUUACAAGGAAAGACAAUUAUCCGAGGAAAUCGAAUUGCUGCGAAAACAAAACGCUACUUUGACCAAAGAUGUGCAAAAUCUAAACUCCCAGCGAAUACAACUUCACACGGAAAACAUGGAACUACGAGCGUAUGCUUUAAGAGCAUCCGAAAACAGCGCUGUCGGCUUAAACACUAACGAGUGGGAGGCAAACUCCAAUACCGAAGUUUUGGACAUGGCCUUAAACUUUCCAUUCAGAGAAGAAUUCGUGAUGCUAGAAAAUUUUGCCCUAGCAAAGGAUUCGUCUUUAUGCAUUAGGAGACUGGUAGGGCCUACCAGUUGGCGUGCUGCUAUAUCGGUGGAUAAGAAAAUGAAGUAUAUUUUCGAACAAGUAUCCAAGACUAUAUCAAAAAAAUUAUCACGCAUGGAAGAUGAAUUUCCUCUAACUUCAGUGGCCGGUACUACAUUCUAUGAUUCGGAAGCGUCAAAAGCUUUCCCGCUGGACCAAAACCAGAAUAGAAAUAUCGUAUCCUGGGGGAGACAAAAAAUCUUAGAAAAAGUUCUCGCUAAAUUUCCAGAUCCUAUAGUCUUCCGAAUUCAUAUCGAAAACUUUUUCAGUGGUAUAGCAUGCCAGCUCUGUCCUGGACUUCUGGAUAAGAACGAAUUGUUAGACAACUUUGAAAAUGCCUUUGCGGUCAAUUUGCGAGAAGUUCAUGGAUUCUACGACAAAACCAAACCAUACGAAUACCAAUUAAGGCCUUUUGGAAAUGAUAUAGUUUACAGCAACAUUUCAGAAAUUUUAAUGGUUAUGAAAAUGUCAAUGUUGUUUGGCCUAAACGAAUAUCAAACUCGUGGUUCGCAGAAUCUCACGGAUAAGUUUCCCUUCUUCGAUUGUUCCUAUCAGGUGCGGAGGUGUUUUACUUCAUUCAAAGACAAUGAUCCGACUCAUACUUUAUUCACCAGCAUUGAAAUGCUUCUUUCAUUGGGCAAAGUGAAGAGUUUCCCUUGCCUACCAGCCAUGAAUACUAUGUUCUUACUGUAUCUAUACAGUAUCUACGGUCCUAACUUCUGCAGCGAGGUUUUCACUGAUUCCAACUCUUCGGUUUUAGGUCUUACCGUACACAUGGCGCUAAAAUUAGGCCUCCACAGAAAUAUCGAGCUACUAUAUUCUCACGAACAGCCGGACAAGAGACGCAGGAUAAAACAAUCUUGGGUUUUUAUUCUUGCAUAUGAUGGUCGCAGAAGUCUGGUGACUGGCCAUCCUUUACUGAUAAACGAAUCGUACAUCUACAAAUACGAUGAUGUUGAAGAAGUGGACUACGAUACCGCUGACCUUGAAACGAGGGAAAAUGUAACGAUUAUAAGAACGGUGUCAUUAAUGCGUGAUAUUAUGAAUGACAUCCUGUGUGAGAAGAAUAAAACUGCGCUAAAUGUUAAACUUCAGAUCAAUAAGUUGGCUCUCUACAAAAACAAGUAUUUCUUGUCUACACUAAGUCGAAGUUUAAAAGGUCUUAGCGAACCAAAUCUUUGCGAAGGUGAAAUACAUUUUUACUUGCGGCAAGUCAAAAACUUUUUGCAUUUAUACGCUCUUCAACAUUCCCUUCACAUUAUGCUUUACCUUACUUAUGAAAAUGAAGGUGGACCAACUUGUCCCGAAGGGAAGGAGAAGUACUUUCUGCUCACCCUCAGAUAUUCAAUUUUGCAGCUUCUGAGUGUCAAUGAAGUCGGGAGGACUAUUUCGAAGCUCUGUCGGGCGAGUUGUGCAAACAAUGAAUGGAUUUAUUACUUGUUGCCUGCGAUGAAGGAAUGUGAAUUACGAGCUGUGUUUUUCAUCUUGUCUAUUGUACUGCGCGAUCUUCACGAGCUAAAGAACUCAACGACCCCAAUUGACAAAACGUCGAUAAACAGCAUUACCAGCAGUCAAAACAUUCAUGACCUUACGUUUGAGGAUCUGGAGCUUAAUUGCAUGAACGAUGAUCUUCAAGAAUUGCGUAAAAUGAGGACUGUUUUGUCAAAGGACAAUACCUUCAUAACUUUACGAUUUCUAUCAAAUGCUCUUGAAGAGAUCUGGACCCAAGACAUUGAAAUUGCAGGAAUCAACAAAGAGUUCAUGCCUGGUUUAGAACUCAUAAGGGGCAUGUUUGUUCAUUUGGUCCACGUCCUCAAAAAUUUUGACACCUCGGGAGAUCAUACAAGUUUGAGACAUCGCUCUCAAACCCAAGAGGCCAUUAGAGAAAAACAGACUAAUGGUAGGGGUAAUACAGACAAUGCCACAAGCGAUGUUGCAGAGACGCUCCCGACGGAGUUACCGUCAGAUGCUGGUCUAGAAUUAGUCCCCGAGUUAGAGAACCGAAAUCAAGGAAGAGACCAAAUGCCGUUACCCAUCAUACCAGAAUUUUCUGACCCUCCAACUCACGACUACAUCUCCAGCACUCAAUCUUUACACAGUAACCCGGCUGUGCAGUUUGCUUCUGAGCUUUCUCGCUCGGAAAAUGUGGAGGAUCUGGGAGGCAUUCUCUAUGAUGAAAUGGAUACUCUGCUUACUAUGGAUGCGGAAACGUUUACUACAAAAUUUCGAAACGACUUAUUGGGCAAAUACAAAACUUGGCUCGAAGACUAA